AUGGCCUCAUCCUUGCGGCUGCCUUCGGGCUCAAUUCACGCGGCCGUCCGGUUCAACGCUUCCGUCUCCCAAUUUCCCAGCCAAACCAGUUCACCAUUCCGGUCCGCAUAUUGCCAAUGUCGGUACUUUUCUCAGUCCCCGGUGGCUCAGCGCGGCUUGUCCGGCAUGCCACAGAAUAUCUCGGUCAAGCAACCUGCACAGCCAAGUAUGAGAACUAGAGGUCGAGAGAUGUCAAGAUCGGAAUUACCUCAGGACAUUGGCCUGCUACCCGGCACCUACGUUCGACCUCUAUGGAGGGACAUGCCCUCGAUCUUCCAACAGCCGAAAGAACGCAUGCAAUUGGAAUGGUUAUGGCUCAAAAACGCAUUUCAAAAUUUCCUCGGACUUCUUGCUUAUAGCAAAUGGAUCAACAAAGGGCUACCACUGCGCUUGAAGGAACGGCGGCAGAUUGCUCGUGAGCUUCAUCAGCGAAUGUACAGUGCUUUCGCAGAUGGGGAUGUCACCACCUUGCGCAAAAUUUGUUGUACCGGUCUCGCGAACAGCCUGAGCUCUCGCAUAAACAGCCGUUCGAAGGAUGAAAAAGUGACCUGGACUUUAGACAAAUACAAUCGCACGCCUGCUACCCUCUUCACAGGAGUUCGUGUCCUGUCUGACCGUGCUACUCAGAUUCCAGAGUUGCCCGAUUCUGGAGUUCGCCAAGUCGUCGUCCGCAUCACGAGCCGACAGUCGACAAGUAAGGCCCAGGCUCCCACCAAGCGCGGUGCUGAGGCUGCUGGUGCCGGAGAGGCUGCGCCAGCCAAGCAGCAGGAUUGCACCGAAUAUAUCGUCAUCCAGAAGCUCCGGUGGACCGGCGAAGAGGAGGAAUGGCGCGUCUGGGGCCAUGCGACUCCCACAACCGUUGAAGAUCUCGACAGCCCAUUCUUUGCCUCGGGACUCACACUUGCUGAGCGCAUGGACGCAAUGAAGGACAUGAUGACUGGAAAGAAAUGA